AUGAUAGAGAUUGACUCGGCGGGCAUAACUGUGGAGAACCUGAACCUCAGGCACAGGAUCCUCCCCUGCCACGCCCUCAACUCACUCGGCCAAGCAGAGCAAACAAUGACAAAAAUUCCUACCUUGUUGGCUCUUACCGCUGCCAUGAUGACGAUGCUCACCGGCAAAGCCUUCAGUAUGCCAGCGCCAGCGCCGGGAGCAGAAAGAACCACAUCAUCCCCUGUCACCGCGCUCGCCACGCCAGCCGCCAGCAGCACCAGCAUAAGCAUAGACUUGGUCCGUCCCCGCGGGUACCUCGAGGAUGAGGGGAUUCUGGACGACAUCGAGCGGCUGCUGGACAUCAUCGCCGAGCACGUCGAGCGGAUGCGCCAAGCAGGCGGCAUCACGACCAACAAUGACAUCGGCUACGGUGGCAACAACGACAACGGCGACAGGGUUAGCUACAAUACCACGAUUUACAACUCCAACACCACAUCGGUCAAUCACACUGAGUGCAUCGGCCAGGGCGUGUGCAACCCCGUCCACGUCGACAGUCACGAUUCCGGCGGUAAGAUUGACGAUAAGGAUAAGGAUAAAGCGAACGGCGAGGAGGAGGGAAAGACAUGCGAGGAGAAGAGAAAGAAGAACCUGAGGAUCAAAGAAAUGGUGCCGGGGAGGGUGCCCGAUGCUCAGGAAAUUGUGCGCAUUGCCAAUCAGGCCGGUUUAGGUGGCCUGGAGCGUCAUGGGUGA